AUGGGCUUCCUAGGCUUCGUCUACCGUCAAGUGAUGGUGCACCCCCAGCCUCCUCGCCCUCAGAAUCUGUCCGGGCAGACCAUCUUGGUUACGGGCUCCAAUGUCGGUAUCGGGCUCGAGGCCACUCGUCUGUUGAUGGGCUUCAAAGUUGCCCGCGUCAUCAUGGCCGUUCGCACUCUCUCCAAAGGUGAAGAGGCAAAGGCUGACCUCCUCAAAUCUAACCCAUCAUGCAACGUUGAAGUUUGGGAACUCGACAUGGAUUCUUUCGACAGCGUCAUGGCUUUCGGAAAGCGCGCGCAAGGCCUCGACCGUCUUGACAUUGCCCUCCUCAACGCGGGGGUCAAGAAGCCGGAAUACAUGGAGAACCAGCUCACUGGGCAUGAGACAACAAUUCAAGUCAAUCAUCUUGCAACCGCACUGCUUUCGCUCCUCCUUUUACCUCCACUUCGAGCUUCCGCUGCAAAAUACAGUAAACCCUCCCGUAUGACUAUCACUUCCUCAGAGGUUCACAUGUGGACUCCGUUCAAUGAGCGUACAGCCCCAAACAUAAUCGAGAGACUUGACGAGAAGAGCACCUUUGGCAACCCGGACCGCUACAACGUCUCCAAAUUACUGAAUGUGCUCUGGGCACGUGAAUUGGCGUCCAAAGUCAGCCCCACGCAGAUCAUCAUCAACACUGUCAAUCCCGGCUUGGUGCAAAGCAGCCUCCAUCGCGAGAACAAAAACGCAGUUGAGAAGAAAUUCACCGCUAUCUUUGGACGCACGACAGAGGAAGGCGGAAGAACUCUGGUGGACGCGGCGGUUGUCCAGGGUGCGGCCACCCACGGCGGGUAUAUGAGUGAAUGCAAAGAAAUUCCUGCUUCGACAUGGGUCCGUUCCGCCGAAGGUGCCAAGAUCCAGAAGAAGCUUUGGACCGAAACCGUUGACGUCUUACGGAAAGAGACGCAUCACAGUCUCGACACUUACAUUUGA